AUGUCAAUCAGAUGCGUCCUGGAGUACCGAAAGCAAAUUUUUGGAAGCGGCUUCGUUAUAGAAAAGGAAAACGGCGAUCGUAUCUUAGGAGCCUCAGCAGCUUAUCAGGUGGCUUCACCUCUGCAUGCCGAACUCGCUGCUCUGACAUGGGCCAUGAAGAAGGCUCUGCAAAUAGGCAUAACAUCUCUCUCCUUUGAGUCAGAUUGCCUGCAGCUAGUGAAACUUAUUGACGAUGAAGAGGAUUGGCCCUCAUUGGCCUCUGAGCUUGAAGAAUUCUAUUUCAUACGCUCUUCUUUUAUUUCCUUCUCACUUUGUUUUAUCCCACGUCUUUUAAAUCUCCGUGCCAAUUGUCUUGCUAAAGAAGCACGGGCACGUGAUAUUUGUUUCUCUUAUGUAGAUCCCUCAAUCCCAAGCUGGUUAGUUCAUAGAACUAACUUGCUUAGUUAA